ACACACACACACACACACACACACACACACACACACACUUCAUAUUAUGAUUCCACCUUUGUGUCUCCCAGAAAAGCUGUCUCUGUGGGUAAUAGAAUGAGCCCAGGUGAUCUUCCAAGGAGACUGUUAAUUUUCACAGACCUACCCACAACACUGAUGUAGGAAGCCCUGUGAACUCAAGUACUGGAAGAAUUUUUUUCUAAUUUACUAGGAAGUUGUGUGAAUAUAAUAAUCUUAGUGCUUCUUUACUUCCAAAACUGGACAGUGAAAACAACAGUAUCAGCUCCUGUCAUGACUACCAUGGAGUUUCUUGAGAGAACUUACCUUGUGAAUGAUCAAGCUACCAAGAUGUACGCCAUCACUCUAGACAGAGAACUUCGACAGAAGCCUGUGAAUAAAGAUCAGUGUCCUGGAGACAGGGCAGAGCAUCCAGAGGCAGGAGGCAUCUGUCACUGCCACAACAGCUCCAAGGCCACAGGGAACAGGGCGAGCAAGCAAGUGCAUGCCAAGUGGAGACUCUGUGUUGCUUCUGCAAUGUGCUUCAUCUUUAUGGUGGCAGAGGUGGUGGGUGGACAUGUUGCCGGGAGUCUGGCUGUCCUCACGGAUGCUGCUCAUCUCUUAACUGACCUGACUGGUUUCCUGCUCAGUCUCUUUUCUUUGUGGUUGUCAUCAAGGCCUCCUUCCAAGCGGCUGACAUUUGGAUGGUAUCGAGCAGAGAUCCUCGGUGCCCUGCUGUCUGUCCUUUGCAUCUGGGUGGUGACCGGUGUGCUGGUAUACCUUGCCUGUGAGCGCCUCUUGUAUCCUGAUUACCAGAUCCAAGCAGGCAUCAUGAUCACUGUUUCAGGCUGUGCAGUGGCAGCCAACAUUGUACUUACUAUGAUUUUGCACCAACGGAACCUUGGCCACAACCACAAGGACAUGCAAGCAAAUGCUAGCGUCCGAGCAGCCUUUGUGCAUGCACUGGGGGAUGUAUUUCAGAGCAUCAGUGUGCUAAUUAGUGCUCUCAUUAUCUACUUUAAGCCUGACUACAAAAUUGCUGAUCCAGUGUGCACAUUUAUCUUUUCCAUUCUGGUUUUGGCCAGCACCGUCAUGAUCUUAAAAGACUUCUCCAUCUUACUCAUGGAAGGUGUUCCAAAGGGCCUGAGUUACAACAGUGUGAAAGAGCUCAUCCUCACAGUUGACGGCGUGAUCUCCGUGCACAAUCUACACAUCUGGUCGUUGACAGUGAAUCAAGUGAUUCUCUCUGUUCAUGUUGCUACAGCUGCCAGCCAGGACAGCCAGUCUGUGCGGACAGGAAUUGCUUGUGCCCUCAGCAGUAGCUUUGAUCUGCACUCUCUUACCAUUCAGAUAGAAUCUGCAGCAGACCAGGACCCCAGCUGCCUUCUCUGUGAAGACCCACAGGACUAGCUUGGUCACACUGUCAGCUUCCUGUGUUUCCUAGGCCAUGACAAGCUGCAGCAAAGUUUCCGCAACGCACAAUUAAGCAAGCAGUGGAAUAGAUUUGAGAAAGUCAUGACAAUGCAAUGUGCACUCUCUUCCAUUGUAUUUAUCUCCAUCUACCGUGAAUGAGGAUGCAUGGGAUUCAUCAGCUUCUUGGAUUAUAUGCUAAUCAGUAGUUGCUCUCAAUUACAGUAUAUAUAGAUUAUUCCCAAAUGAGGCUGAAAUAACAGAUGUUUGCAACCAUAGGUAAUGAGUGAUUAACUUCCCUACACUAGUAGGAAUAGUUGAAUUCAGGAAUGCCUUUUUAGGAAUCCACAACACCCUAGGCAAAUUAAAGGCUGGGCAUCUACCUGAGUAGCUACUUCUGGGGAUGGUAAUGGGUGUUUCUAGAAUCCCUAGGCAAAGCAGAGCAGAGCAGGGCACCAGAGGGUGAGAGAGACAAGCAUCCUGGCUGGCUUUUCUUUUCAUAUAAAGCCCUAGUUUCACUGGAUUAGGGCCCUGUCUUUGUGUUCCUAUUAAAACAUUACCUCCCAGUGGUUACGCAAACCAAGGUUAGAUUAGCUUUCUACUCUCUUAAGGGUUCACCAGGGGCAUUACAUUUCAACAUUAGUUUUAGUGGGUUUGUUUAAACUGUUAUCAGUGAACAAAGCUGAUGUUAACAUCAGCACUCAUAGAACUAUUUUUCUUUUGUUGGAGAGACAUACACUGUACAGUUGCAAACAAGUGAGAAUUACUAUAAGAACUAGCCAAUAAUCUGGAGGCAGAGAAGAUGUCAGAUUAAGACAGGUUCAUGAAGAAUUUCUUUGAGAAAACCAAAUUUGAUGGGAACAACAACAACAACAAAAACAAUGUGCUAGGCAGAUGAAAUAUAGGAGGAGCCAGGAUCUAUAAAACCAACCCAGGUUGAGACUCAUGCCACAAGAGGCUGCCCACCUCUGACACUGCCUGGUCAGGACCCAUAGCCUGGAUAGCCCAGGGACUUAGCAUUGAACCAAAUAUGUCCGGCAAAUAAAUAAAUAAAUGAAAACUCAAUGGAA